AUCAGAUGCCAACGCGUGUACGCUUCCCCUCCAUGGAACUUCCAAAUAUCUCCACGCUCCAACCUCCUUCACACGACUUCGUUAGCAUCCAAACGCGCCAAUGCCCAGAACACUCAGCUCUUCACCCUUUUGCGUGGAUAGUAGCUGGAACUGAGCACGUACGCUUUUGAAAAGCUACAAAAGAAAAAUAAAACAAAUUUGUGAAAAGAGAGGGAAUUGCAGAAACAAUGCACAGUCUGAAUUUUAGGGCGGUUACGGAUCUCAACUCGUUGUCGCUGCCGAGUCGACUCAGUAGUAGUAGCAUUGUCAAAGAUUGCAACUUGCGGCUGAACCGUACCGUGGCUUGCAGUACAUCCGCUCAGGGUUCAGGUUCGGCUCAGGACUCGAAUCAGAGGUCGGUUUUCUCUCGAACCGAAACGUAUGCGUUGCUGAAGCAGCAGCUGGAAGUAGCUGCCAAAUCCGAGGAUUACAAAGAAGCUGCUAGACUUCGUGAUUCCUUGAAAGUAUUUGAGGAUGAAGAGCCAGUUUUGCGUCUCCAAAGAUUGUUAAAAGAGGCCAUUGGGGAGGAAAGAUUUGAGGAUGCAGCUAGUUAUCGUGAUGAGCUAAAGGAGAUUGCACCUCAUUUUCUCUUGAAGUGCUCAAGUGAUGCAACAACCUUGGGCAUCAGAGUUCAAGUUAGGAGUGUUUACAUUGAAGGUCGAAGCCAGCCUUCAAAAGGUCUUCAUUUUUUUGCAUAUAGGAUUAGAAUAACCAACAAUUCAGAUCGUGCUGUACAACUUCUUAGAAGGCAUUGGAUUAUAACUGACGCCAAUGGGAAAACUGAGAGUGUCCAUGGCAUCGGGGUGAUAGGCGAACAACCUGUUAUACUUCCCAAUACUAGUUUCGAGUAUUCAUCUGCUUGUCCAUUGAGUACACCUAGUGGAAGAAUGGAGGGUGACUAUGAGAUGGAGCAUGUCGAUAAACUAAGUGGUCGAACAUUCAACGUGGUAAUUGCCCCCUUUUCUCUUUCAACAUUUGGAGAUGGCGUCGAUAAUAUUUGAGAGACUACUCGAUUGGUUGUUUGUUUGUAUGUUGUAUCCGUAUAUGUCUUCACCAGUUCAAGCAAUUCACACAACUAUUACACGCCAAGUCGGGAAUCUUUUUCUGAUCCUGGCAGCACUGAUAGGAAUCAAAUGUGAGAUUUUUGUUUGAGAAUAAAUGUGAGAUAACAAUUGUAUAGAUGAUGGCAUGCCUAUUUUAUACUCUGUAAAAUAAAAUAAUGUGAGGCGCAUAACUGUAAGGUGAUUUAACACCAGUUUUUGUGUAAUUUUAUGAACUUAUA